GCUGGCGGGAAAGAGAGGCCGCGGUUGCCGUGGCGACGGACGAGCCUUGGGCCCGGAGCGAGGCCGCCGGUGAGUGUCGCCUGAGGGGCGGCUGGGCUGCCUCGUUCGCCGGCGGGAAGGGCGGUGGCUCCGGGGCUCUUCCGUUGCACCUGGUGGUUCUCCCCGGUGACGAGGACCGGAAAAGAUACAGGACGAAGGGUGAUGCUUGAGUGUAUAUCCCCCAGUUUCCUACAGAACAUAACAAAACAAUGAUGAAAUUGGUUUGUGGGGUUUUUUUACUGAAAACAGGAUAAUCACGAUCAAAUUCUGAGGCUCAGACAGCAUAAAAUGGUUCCAGCGAUAUUUUUGAGGACUAAAACUAAAGGGGGCCAAGUGAGCCACUGAAUGAGGGACUCCUAGAGCAGGUGUGGAGAACCUCUGGCCCUCCAGAUGUUACUGAACUACAACUCCCAUCAACCCUGGCCAUUGAGCAUGCAUGCUGGGGGUGAUGGGAAUUGUAGUUCAUUAGCAUCUGGAGGGCCAAAAAGUUCCUAGCACCUGUUGUAGAGCCUAGAUCCAGGUGACCUAUCUCACUGACUCAGCAAGGGCGCCUCAGACAGUGCCACUGAGCUUCCCUGGAAGAUACUGGCAUGCAAACAGCCUUUCAAGGAUCCCAAGAGGAGAAGUUUACAGCAAUCCUUCUGCAAUUCAUAGCAUGCACAGUUGAGAUCAUAACCAUUUCUAUUUAGAUAGAAUUACUGUAAAUCCCACUGGCUACAGUGGGCUUACUGUCGGGUAAGUAUGAAUAGGAUUGCAGCCUCAGUCUUGGAGUGGAUGUACAUAUAUAUUACUUACUGCAUUGCUGUGUUCAAAAUAAUAAUAUUUUGCUUUGUUCCAAUAGACCUUGAGGGGAAAAAUGACUGCUGGAUCCAUCUUAGUGCCUCAAAUUAUACCACUACGAUUGUCAACACCAGGCAAAGCUAAACAUGAAAUAGAUACAAAUACACUUAUAGAGAUCAAAUCAGGUAUUUGCUACAGCUCAGAAUGCAUGCUAUAUGUUUCAUUUUAUAUGUGCAACACACACACUGCUGGUCUUUCCAUUUCACUUCAUAAGUGAUUUCAUCUUGUAAAAAGGAAGACACUUUAAAACAGAGGUGGCGAACCUCUGGGCCAGAGAUGAAACACAGCCCUCCAGGCCUCUCUAAAUGGACUUUAGGGUACUACCAACACCACACUUCUCCCUAGAUCACUCUUCAUUCCAGCUCUGCCCCAAACCCUUCUGGGCGAGAGGGUUGCAUGUUCUUGAACUGUGAUAAUGCCUCUUGUUUGUCCUGGAUGGAGAGAGGUGUGCAUAGGAGUGUGAAUGUGUGAAUGAAUGAAUGAAUAAAUGAAUGUAGCCUGAUGUACAAAGGUAAGAAUCACACCUGUUGGCUCUUGUCCAACCCACUACAGGCAUUUUUAUCUGGGCCAGCAUAAAAACGGUGGUUAGAGGUACUGUUUUGGGGGGACAGGGCAGGUUGGUGUGGGGGACUCCCAGGUCCUGAAUGGGGAAACUGUGGCCCUGAAGGAGCAGGUGCGCAGCCUGGGAGUCAUUUUGGACUCACAGCUGUCCAUAGAGGUGCAGGUCAAUUCUGUGUCUAGGGCAGCUGUCUACAAGCUCCAUCUGGUACACAGGCUGAGACCCUAUCUGCCUGCAGACUGUCUCACCAGAGUGAGGCAUGCUCUGGUUAUCUCUUUGGACUACUGCAACGCCCUCUAUGUGGGGCUACCUUUGUAGGUUGCAACUUACAGUUACUAAUAUUUGGGAAAGCUUGCUUCCAGGCUGUACAAAUACUGUACAGUGGUACCUCAGGUUUCAUACGCUUCAGGUUACAUACGCUUCAGGUUACACACUCCGCUAACCCAGAAAUAGUGCUUCAGGUUAAGAACUUUGCUUCAGGAUAAGAACAGAAAUCGUGUUCCUGCGGCGCAGCGGCAGCAGGAGGCCCCAUUAGCUAAAUUGGUGCUUCAGGUUAAGAACAGUUUCAGGUUAAGAACGAACCUCCGGAACAAAUUAAGUACUUAACCCGAGGUACCACUGUAUAAAUUGCGGCUGAAUACUGUGUGCAUUUUUAUGUACAGAGAAAAAUGUAUUCAUGGUCCUUAAGGGGGGAGAUAGACAUCUGCUCGCAGGAAGUCUAUUCUUGUAAUUUAAAUUUGUGGGGGGUUUUUUUAAGGAAUAUUUUUAUAUAGAAAUUAUUGUUUGUGUGGAGAAGUGAUAACAUCCUUUUUUCAUCUUUCAGAUACCCCUGAUGUCACCAUAUAUUAUACUAUUGAUGGAAGUAAACCACAGCUCUUUAGGAAACUUAAUUACAGAGAUCAUAAUACUUUUAAGUAUAAUGGACCAAUCACAUUACCAGAUGGGAAAAUAACAAUUAAGGCACUGGCAGUUACAAAGUAAGUGUUAUCACUAUGUAAUCCAGCUUUUAAACAAAGGCAGAUUUCGAUUUGUGUGUGUGUGUGUGUGUGUGUGUGUGUGUGUUGAUGGGCAAUUUUUUUUUUGGUAUCAUCUUUGAUAUAUAAGAAAUAUAGGUGAAAUACUACUCUGUGUUAUCAUCUAAAGCUAAACUAGAUAUGACUAUAAUUGCAUUAACACCACUGAAGUAUACAUUUUUUUAAAUGUAAAUAGCAACCAAGGGGAAGCCUGAGCAGUCUAGGGGUAAAGGAAGUUUAACUUUUCUUUUCCACUGUCUCAACACAAAGCCCCUCUCAAAAGCUGGUAUUUACAUUUUAAAGCAGUUCUUCGCUGACACUGUAACACUGCCUGCCCUUUUAGAAAUUUUGUGGCCCAAAGACUCCCUUGCUUGAAGUCUGGAUAGGCAAAUACCAAGUAUCACUCCUGCGCGAUAUACAAUAGUGUUUUCUCUUUGGUUAAGAAGAGCCCAAGACAAGAUUCCUCCAACUCACACCUCUUCCCUAUCUAGACAAAGGAAUUAUUUCCCCAAGCACAAAUCUCUGAAGGUUUUCUGCCUCGUGCUGCUCCAGGUCUCCACUCCAUUAGCUAGUUCUCCUGCCUUCUAUUUUAUCCUCACAACAGCCCUCUGGUUAGGCUGAGCGAUAGUGACUGGCCCAAAGUCUCCCCAGACCUAGUCCAACACUGUGAUGCUGAAGGUUUACUGGUCACGGUAGGUCACUCUAAUGUUUAUCUCCCAUGAGGUUGCUCCAGCAAUACACGCCCAAGAUUUGGGCAAACAGGGAACCAGGAGAAGUUGGGCUGGCUCUUCCUCCCCAUAGUGACUGGAGAAAGUCUGUAAGUUUCCCCAUCUCCAGAGUAAGAGACUAAAGUACUAGUGAAAGGUUGGGGUCAUAAGUUGCACUUGAGGGUGCCAUCCACAAGGUGGAAUUAUACAGAGGCUUUGUGACCGUGCCAAAUGCAAAGAGCAGCUUCAGCAAAUAGAUUUCUGUUAGGACCAUGAUACAGAUCAAAAGGGACACGGGUGGCGCUGUGGGUAAAACCUCAGUGCCUAGGACUUGCCGAUCGUAUGGUCGGCAGUUCGAAUCCCCGCGGCAGGGUGAGCUCCCGUCAUUUGGUCCCAGCUCCUGCCCACCUAGCAGUUCGAAAGCACCCUUAAGUGCAAGUAGAUAAAUAGGUACCGCUUUAUUGCGGGAAGGUAAACGGUGUUUCCGUGUGCUGCGCUGGUGCUGGCUCGCCAGAGCAGCUUCGUCACGCUAGCCACGUGACCCGGAAGUGUCUCCGGACAGCGCUGGCCCCCGGCCUCUUAAGUGAGAUGGGUGCACAACCCUAGAGUCGGACACGACUGGCCUGUACGGGCAGGGGUACCUUUACCUUUACCUUACAGAUCAAAAGAGGUAAAAUUUCAUGAGAUUGAAGCAUAGAAUCACAGAACUGUAGAAUUGUACAGCUGGAAGGGACCCUGAGAAUCGUCUAGUCCAGGCACCCCCAACCCUCAGCCCUCCUGAUGUUUUGGCCUACAACUCCCAUGAUCCCUAGAUAACAGGCCCAGUGGUCAGGGAUUAUGGGAAUUGUAGACAAAACAUCUGGAGGGCCAAAGGUUGGGGAUGCCUGGUCUAGUCCAGCCUCCAUCAAUGCGAGAAUAUAUAUCUCCAUGUGGAAAUUUCUACUGUUGUUUCUGUUACGUAUUGGUUGGAUGUUAUUUUGUGUUAUUGUUUAUUUUAUGGAUUGGUUUUGGUUUAGUUUAACUUUGAUUAUUGUUACCUGCAUUGAGGAGUCUCUUUGAGGACUUAAAGGCAAGAUAUAAUUUUUUUAAAAUAUUAAGUAAUAAAGUUGAAACACAUUUAAUCCUUAUUUACCUAUUCUUUUCCUACUAUGUUAGAACACAGACAACAUGAGACCCGCAAAGCCAAAUUCUUAUACAUUUACCAGAGGCAGCAAAAAGAAGAGAAUCCCUUAUAUGAGACACAAAUUAUGAGGCCUGAUCUAGAGUUUCUUGAUUCUUAACUUACAGAGACGGCAGAGAGAGUACCGUUGUAACAAAAGUAUUUAUAGUAGAAUAUGUAACUCCCAACGUACAUGUACCUGAUGAAGAUGAGAAUGAGAAUUUCCUGGAAGAUCUCAUCAGUCAGGCAAGUUAUAAAAAUGUUAAAUCUACUGAAAAGUGUUAUGAAUCAUUAAUGCUGUUAAAUAUGUAGGUCUUGCAGCAUAAUAGGUCUUGUUGCUGGAGAGAUCUAUGAGGAGUGUUUCAGAAAACAUUGAGGUACUGGAAACAAAAAGUAGAAUUCAACGUCACACUAACACAGUUGUUCCAUCAGCAUGACCAUUUUUGUUUGCCAAAUGGAACAACCUCCCCUUUCCUUCUCUCAAGUUCUGUUCUGGGGGUUCUCCUGACCCUCCAGAGUGGAUUUGUGGGAGAAGAGAGAGAGAAAGCCCCAUUGUACCAGCAGGAGUUCUUCCAUUGGCUUCCACUAGUGCACUGGGUUAGUUGGAUCUAACUCAAAGUAACUCAGGUUUAUACAGGGGAAGCAUCUAUUUAAGUAAGUCAUCAGAACCCUCAUGGAGCAAGUUCAUGGUCAAAUAAGGCUUCUUCCAUUCCUGCUGCAACUUAGGGAACAACAGUGGCUUAAUAAUCCAUGUUCUUCCUGUCUGCCUGGGGUGUCACAAAAAGUGGAGAGAUAUUGAGCAUCUGCAGAAGUUAUUCCCUCCACCCCCAACCCCUAUUCAUGCAUACCUGGUGGUCUCCAUUCAUAUUGGAGGGGUCACAAGUUGUGCAAGCCUGUUAUAAUGUACAAAGGGAGAUAGGUAAAAGGUGAAGGAUCUCUGGAGGGUUAAUUCCAGUCAAAAGUGACUGGGGUGUGGCGCGCUCAUCUUGCUUCAGGCCGAGGGAGCCAGCGUUGUCCACAGACAGCUUUCUGACGAGUACCAGAGCGCACGGAAACGCCAUUUACCUUCCCGCCACAGCGGUACCUAUUUAUCUACUUGCACUGGUGUGCUUUCAAACUGUUAGGUUUGCAGAAGUUGGGACAGAGAAACGGGAGCUCACCUUGUUGCAGGGAUUCGAACCACCGACCUUCCAAUUGGCAAACCCAGGAGCCUCAGUGGUUUAGUCCACAGUGCCACCCGUGUCUCCCUACAAAGGACUAUAGAAAGCUGCCUUACAUUAAAUAAGAAUCAUUGGUUCAUUUAACUUAGUACUGUCAGCACCAACGGGCUCAUAUGGCCCUGGGUAUCAUAGAAUUGUAGAGAUGGAAGGGACCCCAAGGAUCAUGUAGUCCAUCCCCCUGCAAUGGAGGGAUCAACUAAUGGUUGAAGAUGUGGUGGAAAGGGGGAGAAAGGAUUUUAGUAAGACUUAGAAAAAUAAAUAGGAGAUACAAGAAGAGAGAGAAUUAUUGCCCCUUUUUGGACACCAAAGAAAUGGGCAAGGAGCCAUGGGAGAUAAUCAGCCAAGAGCUCAUAUGCUUCAGGAAUAGCAGGGGCCAGGAAAUGCAUAGAGAAAAGGGGAAACAAGACUCCAAAGAGAAUUUCUGGAUAAAAGGCUCCAAAGGGAAAAGAAAAGAAAAAAAGAAAUAUUCUGGCAUGCUGAAUGUAAACUAUACAUUUGUCUUGGCCUCUGGUUUAUCUCCAUCCCUAAUCAAAUUAUGGCUCUGAAAUAAAAAAUGGGUGGAAUCCUGAAAUGUCUCUGGAUUGUAGAGUGUACCUAGAUAAUACAAAGAUUAAGUGGAACAUUUCAUUCCAUGCAUGAGAUGUUGUAGCAAUUUAUGCCAACAGAUGCAGGGAUUAUGUUGUUUCUAGAUAGCAGUAGAGGCCAACAAUGUGUAGGGUGUCCACAGAUGCAGACAUAUCUUGUCACUUGCUGCCUUGCCCUAUUCAUAAUUCCCUCCUUCAUUCCUACCACAAGGCCUAUUACAAAAGCAUGCUGAUAAGAGUCCUUUCAGAAUGGCUAGAGCAUGUGUAACAGACCAAAAUAUGUAUAUGGGAUUAUAGAUCAAAAUCUUUGUUCUUAGGAGAUGGAAGAUGAAUUGUCUCAUUUGAAUCUAAGAAAGAAAGAAGCAAGUGCUGAAAGCAGAUUCCAUUUGCCUGAUGUAGCACUGGAAUUAAAAGGUACUGUAUGUUAAAUCCAGAAUUGAGAGGACUCCAAAAAGGUCACUGGUUCAAAGAAUUUAAACUGGUAGCACAUGAGCUUUAUGGAUAACUUCCUGAACCCAUUCUUUUCUGUACUCAAAGUUACUCCCUUGGAUAUUGCCACUUUAAUUUUGUAUCAAAAUGACCAGUGAAGUUGGCAGUGCUGUAAAUUUGACCUUGUGCAACUUUAUCACUCCAGUUGUCAGUAAGCUUUAGGCUACCAGUUUACCAUAUACAACUGAUUAGCAUACUUAUGCAAAGCAUACAACCGCCUCCUCUGUGUUUUGUAUUGCGUGCAAACGUGGUCCAUAUGGAAUAACACCUGUGGACCAGUUCUUUAUUAUACGCUUAGUACAAUUUUUGAACCAUUGAACAGACUAUCAAUAUAAUAAUAUAAAUAGGGAUUAAAACAACAAUAGUCUAAACUACAGGGCAGCAUCUAUAUGUUAUUAUUUCCAUGUAUGUAUUUUGGUAUAUGUGAAUUUGUCAUUGAUUUAACUCUUUUCUAAUUUAUUUCAUUCCAGAACAUGCUUUAGAUGCGUUUUACACAGUUAGUGAAGGUUAACAUUCUUUUGAAGUGUGAUAUUGAAAAAUAAUAAAAUGAAAUGUGUGUGUAAUUUUAGGCUUGUCAAAAGAAAAAUCAUUUGUGCCCUCACAAAUCAUUGGAACACAUCUGUUGAAAAAUUACUUGAAUACCUCAAGUGAUGGAGAAAAGUCUAAUUCUGCCACAUGGAUGCCUCGAUCUCAGGUAAUGAAAGUGGCUAGUUGGGUAAAAGGCAUGUUAAGUGUUUGCACUAGCUUGUAUAAAGAAGUAGUGUUAGAAAGGAUUUGCAGAUCUCGACUUUUUCUUAGUGGACACACAAAUUUGCCCCAACCAGGUCUCCAGUGUUUCCAUUGCCACCAGUGUCAGUUCUUGUCACCAUUGUCACUACUCCACUAGGAAUUAAUUUCCUAGUAUUUUCAUAGACAUGCUGAAACAGUAAAGUCUUGAGUGUGGUUGGCUGCUGUUGCCUUUUUCGUCCUGUUGCUAUGCAUGUGAAAUUUCUUUUUUUACUUUUAACCUGUGAUUCAUUCCACGGAUUUGACAGUUCUCACCUUUCAAGCUUUGAGGAUUAUUGUCCUGGUUUGGCAAGAAGAUGGGUACAAAUGUGUCUGUUAUUUUCCUACAGAUGGAAUUGUGCAACAAAUGCCAGACUAUGGUGCCCAGGAACUCACCAACAUGUAUCGUAUGUGAAGCUCUGAUAACUCCACGGCUGCAAGAACAAGGCAGCGUCCGCCAAAAGGUAGCUCAGAGUGGAUGUAAAAAUAAAAUAUUUCUGUAUAGAAACAGUUUCUUGGGGGGGGGAUUCCUGCUAUAGCAGUGAGAACAUAAUACCUGAUAUAUUCCUACAUUGCUUGACACUUACAUUUACUGAAAUGUGCUUGUUCUGUAAUCCAAAGGGCAAAGUAGUCUACUGUUUGUGCGGAGCAGGAAAUCCAAUUUGCAUUACGCAGUGUGUGGUCUGUGGGAUCCAAUUUCCAGAAGCACAAAUGGUAAGGAAAUUUCCGCACAAAAUAAUCACACACAAGCAAUCUGAGAGGCCCAGGACCACUUGACAAGUUUCUCAGUCAUCUGGUUCAAGUGAGAUGCCAUUAAAUAUUUUACAGAUUACUUGCUGUAUAAUUUGCAUAAUAGAAUGAAAGCCUUAGUAGCAAAAUCAGGUCUGCUGCAUAAAUAAGACUGCUAGAACACAGAACUGCAUUUCAUUUGGGUGCCUACAAAUCACUUUCUAGUGCAUUGUAUCCCUUAUCAGUAGCUCAAGGGAAGUCAAGCAGACAAUUGCACAAUCCUAUACACAUCUAAGUUCUACUGGGUUCAGUGGGGCUUUCUGCCUGAAAUGGCUGCUGUUGACCAGCAAAAUCCAAACAAGUAAGAAAGUGAGGAAACUCUGGCUGUUCAGAUAUCUGAAUCAGCCACUUGUAUAGCAAGGUUUGGAUAUUCUUUUUUGGAUUCAGGUAACUAAGUUUUCAGAGAAUGAGUGUUACGAUAGUGGGACCAGCAUGUAAUAAAGACUGAAGAGGAAUUUUCUAUGUGCCUUAGGCUGAAAAUGAAAAUGAGUCUACUUUAAAAUAAGCCAGUAUAUUGCACUUUGUUAUAGCCUAUAACUAAAAUAAAUAACAGUGAACAAAUAUAAGCCAUUUAUGAUGCACAUCUAUUUAGACUACAAUACUGAUGAGACAGUAUCUGCAGGAGGCACUCCUUCAUUUUGAACCCUCCAAAUGAUGAGUGUAAAUGUAUGUUCAGACCACUGGAUCAGAUAGAGAAUGUCAGAGUUCCUUCAGAAAACAUUUUAAUUUAUUUAGGGUAAAUAUAUUGAUGGGAUUUUUUGUGUGUAUCUGAUAAGCUGUGUCAGCCUUUUUACCUAUAAUACAACCUAUCUUUAACAGAGCAACAGCUUGCAGACCAGGCAGCAAUCAGUCAUUUCAUUGCCACCAUCAAUACCUAAUUUACUAGAGAAAAAAGAGCAAGGAACUCAAACCAUUGGCUUGUACUACCCAUCCAUCAGAUUUCUAGAGAAGAAAGAAAGUGAGCUCCUUUCUCAAAAGGAAAAAUCGAACGAGACAAAUUAUCACAAACCUCUGCUCACAGCCAUCAGUCCUGGAAGAGGUAAAAAGAUGCUAUUCAGAAUGAAUCCUUCAUGAAACAGCCCUUGGGGUUCUCCUGUCCCUAGACUCCUUUGCAGAUGAAGAACUUGAGUCAUUGUGCUUACAGCAACUUUCAGCUAUCCUUUUGUACUAGGUUCAGUUUUUUACGCAGGUUCUUAGAUUUUGAUGGAAUUUGCUGCCAAGGAGUGUGGUGGAGUCUCCUUCUUUGGAGGUCUUUAAGCAGAGGCUUGACAACCAUAUGUCAGGAGUGCUCUGAUGGUGUUUCCUGCUUGGCAGGGGGUUGGACUCGAUGGCCCUUGUGGUCUCUUCCAACUCUAUGAUUCUAUGAUUCUAUGAUGGUAUGUUCUGCUGUAUUUUUUAUAUGUGAUUGAUUUUGAUUGGGGGAUUUUAAUUAUCGUAUACUGCCCAAUUAACCAUACCCUCUGGGGGAUUCACAAUUUAUUGAUUUUUAAAGGUGAUUUGUUACCCACCUUGGAGAAAAUAUUUUUAAUGAAGGGAAAAUAAAUGUUUAAACAUAAAAUAAAUAACAAGGUUUUCAAUCUGGCUGCUUAGGGGAAGGAUGGAGAGAUGGGAGAUCUGGCCCAAUAAGUUCCUGGAAAAUGGAGACAGGAUUCCCUUCUCUGUUGUUUGUGUUCAUCAGGGCCAUUAUAUGCAGUCCCACUUUCAAUACUGUUUGCGCCUGCAAAAGUUUCAGGGCAGUCAUACGGCUUCAUUUCCAAUCAGUGCAUGCCUUCCUGCUGAAAUACAGUGGUGCCUCGCAAGACGAAAUUAAUUCAUUCCGCGAGUUUUUUCGUCUAGCGAAUUUUUCGUCUUGCGAAGCACGAAAUCCCAUAGGAAUGCAUUGAAAUUCAAUUAAUGCAUUCCUAUGGUCAAAAAAAGUCCAAACAAAGCCAAAUUUGGUACAACAAGAGUUUAUUAAUUGCUCUUUAAAGUCACACAUACUGUAAAGAGCAUUUCAAAAAUUGAAGGAACAAUAAAUUCAAAAAUUGAAGGAACAAUAAAAAUCAUAAAAAUUCAGAAAAAAACCACACAAGCUUCCAGAUUCUUGCAAACCCCUCCUCAACUGUUCCCCCAGCCACCCACCACACAGAAAUUCAAACCCAGAAUUUAAAAAAAAAAAACCAGCAGAGUGGCCCAAUGGUCACAAAAAAUCAUAAAAAUGCAGGAAAAAAACACACAAGCUUACAGAUUCUUGCAAACCCCUCCCCAACACCAAGUCCUUGAAUUCCAAACACCCCAACCCAAAAUCCAAAAACCCCCAAAAAAGUUUUAAAAGUUUAACUUACCAAAUGGCUGCAAAAGAAGUUUUGGAAAAGCGUCAAAAAUCACCAAAGUCUUCAAAAACCUCAAAAAAGGCUACCACACCGCGUGCUAUGAGUUGCUCCUCGAAGUCAAGUCGCAACUGCACCUCUUCAAGCAAUGCACCCUGUAUUACUGUAACGGUUUUAAGAAAAAGGAAACAAACUUGCAAGACGUUUUCGUCUUGCGAAGCAAGCCCAUAGGGAAAUUCGUCUUGCGAAGCAGCUCAAAAAACGCAAAACCCUUUCGUCUAGCGAGUUUUUCGUCUUGCGAGGCAUUCGUCUUGCGGGGCACCACUGUAUUGUUGUUUCUUUGUCUCAUUUUUGUUGCCCACCCACCCAAGCAAUAGUGUAAUAACAUUGGGGAAGCAUCGCAAAACAACUAAUAAAAUGAAAUGAUUUGUGGAUGGUCCAAUAUGGAUCCACCACUGUUGUGUAUAUGACAUGUUGUAGAAAUCACCUGCAAGAGCCACCAGUCUAGAAGGACCCUCUUUCUUGAGCUACUCUGUAACACCAGUGAUAUGUCCAGUCUAUUUUCCUUCAUUCAGGUUACUGGAGGAAGCAACUAGAUCAUGUUUGUGCACACCUCAGAAGCUACACGCAAAACAAUCCGGAGUUCAGGACUUUGAUUGGAGAGCCUCAAAUGGGGAAGGUAAGAGAAAGAAGGGACCUUUUAUGGCUCUAAUCUUUCUCCUGUGAUGCUGAUGCAUAAAGAGAAUUAGGGUAGUAAUUUAAGGCGAGAGGUGAGAUGACUCUUGGCUUUUUUUAAAUAAAUAGAGGCUUGUUGAGAAGAAGGGAGACAGUCCUUUUUCCAUGCAACUGGUGAGAGAAGUUGGUAUCUGGAUUUGUUUUAUAUCACUUUCUCAGUGGGAGUGAGGUCGAUGUUAGGAUGGAUAUCCUUUUCUCUGGUAAUAUUUUCUAUAGAUUUACAAAUUCCGUGAGUCUUCAGUUUUAUAAAUUAGCUGGCCAGUUUUAAGUCUGUUGCUGACUCAAGCAGUCUGCAUUAUGUAGUAUUCUUUUCAUCAGACUGAAGAGAGGCCAAACUGGAGGUGCAUAAGAUGCUUGAAGAGAGAGACCGUUUACAAAUGUUUAUACACUAAUGCUAGAAGCCUCCAAGCCUAGAUGGGACAUAAUGGAAACCUGAUGGAAUGGGAAGAAGCAGUGGGACACAGUUUUGUCUCUGGGUAUCCACUUCGUGGGAAGGACGUAUCGGAGGUGGUGUCUCUCUGUGUGUCAAAGAGAGCAUUGAGUCCAGCAAGCUAGAAAUCCCCAAAGAGGGAGACUCAUCCACAGAAUCACUGUGGGUGAUAAUACUGGGCCCCAAGAAUAUGUUAGUAUGUAUUGGGAGCAUGCUGUCAUCUCCCUGAUCAAAAUGAUCAGGGAGACUGAGAUGGAGAAGGUUAAUAAUCAAGCCAGUUGUAAGAGUUAAUGAUAAAAGGGUUGAUGAUAAUGGGGUCUCAGUGGUCCACUUGGCUGGGGUCAUGCCUGUUUUGGAUGGGAUCACACUCUCCAUUCUCCUGUGAGGGUUGGGUUUGCCAUUUGAACGUACUUCUGAGUCUGGCGUUGCUCCUGGUUGCCUUGGUUUUAGGUUUGGCUGAUUCAACAACUGCACUGCUACUGAAAGAUACACCCAAGAUACCUUGGUUUAACCAGAGGAUAUUACUGCACUGCACUCCACUUGGAGCUGUUUUUUAAAAUAGUUCGGGAACUUUGGCAGGUGCAAAAUGUUCCUGCUUGCCUCUUGGUGGGCUUGAGUCAGCAUAAUCAUAUAUUACCUAUUUUUGGCAACCAGUUUCUGCACCCAAUACAAGGUGCUGGUUUUGACCUUCCAAACCAAAAAUGACCAGGUCCUGAUAAGUUCUUUGAAGUACCUUUUUCUUCCCUGCCUGUCAGCCAUUUGAACCUCCACGUUAAAAAGAACUAGAGCCCUUCAUAUUCCAUCUUGUGUUGAGAUCACAGUAGCCUCUGUAAAAAACAGGGCCUUUUCCAUUACAGCUCUGAAAUUGUGGAAUACCUUUCUGCAGGUGGUGUUUUGGUCCCCUCCUUGGUAUCUUCUUGCCAGCUGGUCAAGACUCAUCUCAAAAUGCUUUGUACUGCUGAUUUAUUUUUCUUACUGCUAUUCCGAUUUUCUUUUCAACUAAGAUUUUAACUGGUUUUCUAUAUAACCUAGCUGUAUUGUACACUGAUUUGAAAAAUCUUUUUUGAAAGUAGUGUGUGUGUGUGUGUGUGUGUGUGUGUGUAAGGAUCAUAGCUAUUUUUCUUUUUAAAGGAAGAAAAUAAAACUUAAUCGCAUUUUUCCCUUCUAUAGCUUAUUUCUGCUACAGUCCACAAGGACAGCUAUCAAGUCAGUCUCCAGAUAAAUUAUGCACUUGCUAUAAAUAAGGUCAGUGUGGAAAUCAAAGCUGUUAAAGAUGGGAAGGUGCUAUAAUGAGAAUCAUUGGUAGUCGGGAGUCAGUAAAUCGCAACUUGGCUAAUCAAGGCUCAUUGCAGUUCUUUUAAACCAGUGGUAUUCCAAAUAUCUACCUUUUGGGAAAUCUUUCUUCACUGGGGAAUAUGUGUGCAGCUGCUUUAAAGCAUUUUACAUUAGGGGUGACCCUCCAGAGGUGGUUUUUAUCUAUCUAUCUAUCCAUCCUCGCACCUUUUUUGUAACUAUACAUUAGACAGGCUUAUUCCCUUUCCUUAGCUUUACACAUGUGCAGAAAUGAGGUCACAUUCUCAGAGAAAAAGCAUGCCUGUAUUAUCAGAGCUAGAUGACUGACUCUGGAGGAUCAGUGUCUACUUUCUAUCUAAUCUGAGGCUGAGUUUUUCCUACACAAACAUUCUUGACACAUUCUUAAUACAGGCUGGGUAAGCAGAUUCUCCUAACAAAUAUGCUUUCUAAUAUAUUGCCCAUCUGAUCUUCCUUUAUAUAUUCUUCCAAAAUAGCACUUUAUCCUUCCUGCUUAUAUUGCCACCAAAGAAGAGUCCGUGACCAGAAGGAGGAGGAGUAUCAGGAGGAAUGGAUGAAAUUCAAAGACUAUUUAGCUAAAUAUAUUAAGAUAAUUUAAACAGAAAUACUUGCAAACACCAGAUUGGCUUAGGAUUUAAAUAUGUGAUGUUAUAGAAUAAUAUGUUCAAAGUUAGAAUGAAAAGAAAGAAAUAUGUUAAUUGACUAAGUAAAUUUUAUGAGAAAUUUGUUUUGGAAAACUGUCACAAGGAUAUACAUUGAAACUCAGCCAGGAGGAUUCGAGGAAGUCUCCUAACAAUGUUAAUAAGAGUGGAAUAAUUACAGUUAGGAUUUAUGUUUGUUUGUUUGUCUAUAAAUUUUGGAAAAUCAAUAACAUCUUUGAAUAUAUAUAUGUAUCUAUAUAUAUAUAUCUCCACCAAAAUCAUAGUCUGUAUCCUGGAGUGGGGUAGGUCUAUAAUGGUUCGUACUUUUCAGGAUUGUUCCCAGAUUACUGUAUAAUCAGUAUAUGCACUUUCCCCAACAUUAGGCACUCUGCAUUACUAUUACUUCACUGAAUUUUUGUGGUCAAUCUAAGUGCCAUUAAUCCAUUAAAUUCCUGGAAGAAUUCUCCACUUAUCCCAUCUGGACAUUGGUCCUUUUUUAUUCCUUGGUCUUUUUCACUUAAAAUAGAACAUCUAAUCUAUAUCACUGUUGUCUUGUGGUCUUAGGGAUUCUACUGCUAUUCAUAUAACUUGUUUUACCUACUUUUUAUUUUUAUAGCUUCCAGUAACAACCCAUAUAUUGAUUGUUGUCGUGCUUGAAUUGAGAGUUUGAUUAAGGAUUAGUCCACACAGAUUAAUACGAACAGGUGUUGUACUUGUGGAUGCUCCUCAAAAGUUUGUUCAUUCUUCCCUUGCCCUUGCGCUGUGAAUAAAACAACCAGAGACUGGUUUGUCGUGUAGUCUGAACCUAGGCUCAUGGUUUGUUUCCUCAUAGCCAUGAGUGGGCUUGUAUUCUGUUUUCUUCCUUACACACGAUGAGUUGUAACCAAGAUUUGCUCUUGGCUUACCACUUUUGGUUUGUUCAAAGGAAACAAACCAUGAGCCCUGGUUGGAUAACUCAACAAGCCAAGACUGUUGAGGUGUGUUGCAGAACAUUGAGUGGGUGCACCAGCAUGGUGCUCAUUCAAAUUAAACCAUUGUUUGUCUUUAAACUGUUAUUUAAAUUUUUAUGCAACAUGCAAACUGCACCUAAGAUUAUUCCCAACACCUGCUGUAGCUACACAUCAUAGGGAAGGAUAAGCAGUGGUAUUCAGAUUGACUUUCAGAGAUGCUUAGCUGCCAUAACAGAUCUUCUCACCAAGAAAGUUUGCAAUACAGUUUACAACCACUGUGUUGAAUUAUAGCUUAUGUUGGUAUGGCAAAGGUUGUCAUAUAAUAUACUGUUUAUGCUUCUCCAGGAUAUUUUGACCAAUAAACCACUGGCAUUUGGCUAUCACGAACUGAGCCCCAGCAAAGCAGGAAGAGCUGGAUUAUAUGAAAGUCAAGCCGGUCUGGGUGAGCAUUCUGGUGUGAUUUGGUUCAAAUGCUAUCCUUGUUUUGUACAUUUUCAAACAGUGACUUGUACCCAGAAAAGUAUGUACCACUUAACACAUCUGAAAAUUAAACCUUAAAGUAGAUCCCAAGUGCAUGGUAUUCCCAAGGACCCUUCACUGCUUUCAGCACCUUUCCAUUCUGCAGAGCCAGGGACCUAUGAGGAUGGUCCAUCUUCAGAUGGGUUUCCAGAUGGCUCUGGGGGAUUUUCCAGCUAAUAUGUCUGGUGCUGCUGUCAAAGCCCUCCCCAACCUCUGGAACACCCACAAGGCUUGGACCAUUGACACAAUAUCCUCUGAGCGCCCUCUCCUGCUUUGUGGAGCCGAUUUGGCUUCCUGGUAUACUCCAGAGCUUAGGGUGAGGAAAGAAGCUGGGAGACAGCUCAAACGCAAGUGGAGAAAAACUCCAGUUGAAUGCAAUCAAACACUUGUGAGGGCUCAUCCUGGAGCCUACCUAGUGGCAGAGAAGGCAGCAAAGGUGGCUUACUUGGCUGCCUCCAUUGCAUCCUUGUUGUGCUCUCCAACAGAGCUUUUCCAGGUAGUGUGAGUCUGGCCCGAAGGAGGUGGUGGAACCAAUGGUAGCUCACUGUGACUUGUGACUUGUUUGCAAAGCAUUUUGAGGACAAAAUCGCUUGCAUCCACUGGGACCUUGACUCCGUUAUUACAGCAGAUGAGUCUCAAGGCAUGUCAAGAGGGCGGCAGCAGAACGGGCAUUUUUUGCAGUGGCUCCCUGCUUAUGGAACAAGGGAGGCUGGCCCAAUGCCUUCGUUGCAUAUCUUUAAGUGCCAGGCAAAAACAUUCAUCUUCUCCCAGGCCUUUGGCUAUCAGUUAUAGCAACUCAACACAAUGACCCCAUGGGGCUUUGCCUUGUAAUUCACCUGAUGCCUGAUGCUUCCAUCUCAGAUGCUGGUCUCUUUGAUAGUGGAAAUGUAGCCUGCUGCUAUAUGUCAGGCUGUGAGCUACAGACCGAGAGCCAAAAGAGGUGGCACACACACCUCUUGCCUAGGUUUCUUGGUGUGGAGGGGAAAGGCGCUUCCAUCAAGAGCUUCAGGUAUUCACUGACCUGAAAAAGAGAAUUUGAUCAGCAGCAAAGUCAGAAAGCCAUACAUCUUUAAAAAGAAGAAAAACGUACCAGGCAUCUCAGUGGAAAUACCGGAACAUAUUCUUGGGGGAGAAGACUGCAGGAUUAGUUAAGAAUAUUGCAAUAAAGAAAAAACUUUAGUAAAUAGCUCAUGCUGCUGUUAUGUGGGGCUCCUGUGUUAUUUUGCUAUACUAUGGACAUCACUUGAAUAUCAUUGUAGCGUUCUCUAUUUUAGCCCGAGAAGAGAGUAAAAGAGUGCCAAGCCCCAGCGAGAAAGUCAAAAGGAUGAUGAAAACAGGGACAUGUCUAGAAAAAGAAGACAAGCUCACUGUAUGUAUCUGCUCUUAGUAUGGCGGUUAACACCUCUGUAGGGAUGCUGCAACAUAAGCAGUGUUAGUACCAAGCUGGUUUUAAAAACGAAUCUUUUCUGGAAAGUACUAUUUGAGGUAGGAAAAGCACAGCAAAUAUUAUUACUUCCAUUGCCUUUUCCCUUCCUCCUACUUCUGCUCUGAGGAGGGCAUUUCCUUUUUUGUCUUGGUAGCCAGAGCAGUCCCACAGGGAGAGCAUGUAUGUGCAUGCCUGGUUAAGGCCACGCAGUAUAUCCCUGGCCUUGGCACCAAAGUGGGUGGGUGGCGGAAAUAUUGGACAAGAGCUAUUGGGUCACACUUCCAUCCUGUCACAGCUGGCCUGCCGUGCACUCAUUUCCAACCUCACUUUUGUUCAUGCAAACGGAACGGUUUAUACAAAUCCUUGGAAUUUGCAUACUUGACUUAGAGGGACGCGAGUGGCGCUGUGGAUUAAACCACAGAGCCUAGGACUUGCCGAUCAGAAGGUUGGCGGUUUGAAUCCCCGCCACAGGGUGAGCUCCCAUUGCUCGGUCCCUGCUCCUGCCAACCUAGCAGUUUGAAAGCACGUCAAAGUGCAAGUAGAUAAAUAGGUACCACUCCAGUGGGAAGGUAAACGGCGUUUCCGUGCGCUGCUCUGGUUCGCCAGAAGCGGCUUAGUCAUGCUGGCCACAUGACCCGGAAGCUGUACGCUGGCUCCCUCGGUCAAUAAAGCAAGAUGAGCGCUGCAACCCCAAAGUCAAUCAUGACUGGACCUAAUGGUCAGGGGUCCCUUUACCUUUACCUUUUUAUGGUCACUGGAGUCUCUGAGCAAGAGUACCAUGUGCCUUGGCCCUUUUCCUCACUGUUAUUGUGCCUGCAGAUGUUCCUUCUGAACAGGGCUUCCCUCAAGGUCAUAUGCACACUCUUGGCACCAUGGCUCUGGGGAAAGAUGCCUUCCAAAGCGAAACAAAUCUGUUCUGAAACUGGGGCCGAUGGCUCUCCAAUAUGUAGCAAAUGGUGAUUUUCAGUGGGAUGUCUCACCUCUCUGUUAGAAGCAAAGCUGAUUUGCUCCAAUGAGCUCAUCGUUUUCCUCUUGACUGAAAGGAGUUCCCGGGGAUGAUUGUGUGGUUGACUUAUGUCACAAUUCUCGCACCACAAACCCAUCCUGACGUCUAUUAUUCAGAACUGACCUUACCAGCAAGCAAUGUAUAGCUCCAUUCUGCAUGCCCUGUCACCUGACUUGGGGUUGAGAUCACCUUGAAGAGGGUUUAUAUACUGGUGGGGGGCAUGCAGUAACUACACCCUGAGCUCCCUUAUUCAGUGGUUGGUCUGGCAGGUGGGGAGCAGUUUUUUUCCAUUGAUCUCUGUGGGAGGACAAUUACUUACAUUGGCCUUUGACAAGAUGAGACUUUGUGCCCUCAGGGAUGGAGUAACUGAUGGAGCUUAGGAUGUGGCAUGCACCAGCCAUGCCCACCACCCAUCCGUGGCAUGUUGCUUUCCGCCAUUGUUUGGUCAGUGUGGUAUUCUUUGAAAUAGAGCAUUUCUGCCAGUAGCCCAGGGUGGUGGUGUAGGCAGGCACCUCUUGCACAUGGAACACCCUCUCCAGGAGCUGAAUGACACACCUGCAGGUUACUACUGCCACUCAGCAGGCAGCUUCCUGGCUGUAGGAUUGCAUCUCCAUUGCCUAGAAAUGGCUGUUUUUAACAAACAUAUAUGCAGGCUGCAUACCAUUGAGUUUGUUUUUAUAUAGAUCAUUCUAUAUUAGCUGUUUUGUUUCUGCAUUUUUCUAGACUGAAUCUAGGCAGUUGCUGAAGGAAGUGGGUCCAAAAGGCGAAGGGCGACCUUUCGUAGUAGAACAACUGAUUGACGAGGCAAGUUUCAGUAGCGUGGCAUUCUGAAGCAUUCUGUUCAGCUAUUAGGAAUACAUUGGUUUCUUUUCUUUAAUAAUAUUUUCCCAAAAGAAAAUCAAACUAUCCAAUAGAUGUAUACCAUAAAGGUACCUAGAUUGUUGAUACAUAGUUCUUUAUGCUACUCACUUAACAGGUAUAAGCUUGAAUAGGUGAUCCACUUAGAGUUCUUCCUCUGUAGGUACAAGUUUCCCUGGCAUAUGUUAGUCAAGCAGUUCAGACAAAUUACAGUAUUUGCAUGUGGUAAAGGGGAUGUGGGAUGAGAGCUGGUGAGCUCGGCCUUGUUCCUCUCCCCGCUUCCUGCGUGUGAAUCGUCAGCAAGUCCUGCUUUUAUAGCCACCACUUAUUAUGCACAAUCCUCUUUUCCUCCAGUUUAGUAAACGUGUGGAUAUGUGAACCACAUUGCCAGGAUUCAGCCAUCAAAAACAGUGUCUGGGCAGAAAUUGCUUAAAUGUCCGGAAAUCCCUGUUGGAAGCGUAGAUUUUGCGAAUUUCCUUAAAAGUAGCUCAAAAAGUUCUCUCUCUUUUUUCUUUUUUUUUUUGAGAUCUUGCAAAAAAAAAGGUCAACAACUUUUUAAAAAUAUGGCAACCCUAGUAUAUAUAUUCUAACAGUUGUAAUUUUACUUAACAUUAACCAGAUCUUCCUGUAAUUCAAAUACCAUUUGAGCAAUGUGUAAUGUGCAGUACUUUAAAAGAGGGAAGGAAGGGAGGUAUGUUUGAUUCUCUCCUUUUCCCACACACUCCAGGGGGCUGACCCCAACUGCACCAACAGCGAGGACCAACCUGCUUUAACGCUGGCUGUGCUGAGCAGGCAUCAUGAAGUUAUUCCCAUUCUCGUGCAGAAAGGUGCCAACGUGGACCAUCAGUCAAGACCGUACGUCAGCCUUCUGCAUUCUGAUUAACUGGUCUGAUUGUUUAUGUUUAUUUGGAAAUGGAAGCUGUUAACAUACAGAAUGAACUCGAAUACUUUUUAGCGGGAAGAAACUCCAAUGACAAUCCUUCUUGUUACAUAUUUUUACAUGGCUGUUUAUUUGUAUAUAUUUUAAAUUUUUAUAUAUGGAUGUUUUAUGGUGGCCUAUAUUUGUAAUACCUGAUAAAGGUUUGGUGAAGUAACUCUGAAUACUAGGGGGAAAUCUAAAUGGCAUUUUUACAUGCCUAUAUAGUUCACACGGCUUGCACUGCUGCCUGAAGCAGUCAACAGGUUGUUUGAAAUAUGCCAUGCCAAUGUGCAGCUGUUCUCCCAAUGCACAGUUGUCCUCCCCCACCCCUUUUUAAACAUUUAAUCUUACAUGGAAAUGUGUAUUUUGUAUGAAAGCUGCACAGUCACACUGAACGCUGCAGAUGGGACACAGAACGAUCAAAAUGUCAGUUCCAAGCCAUCUGACCAGGGGGGAAAUGAACUUCUCUGGUAUGCAGUCAUAUUGCAUAUUGGUUUUUGUUCUUAUUUUGUGUGUUUAUACAUUGUUAUUAUGAUGUUGUUGUGAACUCAGAUGAAGUGUGGUAUACAAAUUUAACUAAUAAAUAAUAAUAAGUGCCUGUAGUUAAUUAAAAGCAGGUUCCCAUUUUAUAUGUUAUGAUUUAAAGGUGGGUUCUUACGGCUACUUGUCAUUUGUGAUGGCUGGAAGCAAGCCGGCCUCCCAGUUUCUUACGCCUUGUCCCCUUUCCUCGCUCUCCUUUUACACAGGCUUAACAAUACAGCUCUACAUGAAGCAGUCUUGCUUGGAUUGGAAGGAUGGGAAUGCAUGGAUGCAUUGCUAGGGUAAGUACGGAGAAACCUUGGCUUAGAAAGGGGUGCUGAGUGCAUCCAGCACCUACUUCUUCUCAGGAUAAGUAGAGAGUUGACAUAGUAUCAUUGGAUUAAGGGACCCUGCGAUGUUAGUUCCCCCUGCAAUGUUAGUUCUAGUAACUCAGCCCCGUUCUUCUAACAGAUACAUCAUUAUAAAAUAAAUUUUAACUGCUUGUCCACAGCCCACCCACACUGAGGCCAUGUUAUUGUGAUACACUACAGCUGCAGGUUUACAUCUUCUCUGACAAUGGUAGCAGGAGUAGUGGGAUUGAGUGGCACAGCAGUCUGGGACCCCCGAGUUGGCGGUGGAUCCCAGUUGUGCCAUCUGCCUGCAUUGCAAGGAGAAGCUGAGCAGGGAAAAGUUCCAGAGACUAUGCCAAGAGCAGCCUUAAAGUACACCUUUAAAGAGCCAGUGUGGUGUAGUGGUUAAGAGCAGUGAAUUCAUAAUCUGGUGAACCGGGUUCAAUUCCCUGCUCCUCCAUAUGCAGCUGCUGGGUGACCCUGGGCUAUUCACACUUCUUUGAAGUCUCUCAGCCCCACUCACCUCACAGAGUGUUUGUUGUGGGGGAGGAAGGGAAAGGAGAUUGUUAGCCGCUUUGAGACUCCUUAGGGUAGUGAUAAAGCGGGAUAUCAAAUCCAAACUCUUCUUCUACACCUGCACAUACGGUAGUAGUUCCUCUUGCUUAGGUAAGAGGCAGAGGCAGAGAUGUCAGGCAUGAAAAAGGUGUCCAAACAGAGGAAAAGAGAAGCCCCGACUCACUCUCUUUUCACCCCAAGAAGUAGGAGCAGUUUGGGCAGGUGACUGGAGAGGAGGAAGUAUGGUCCAGGAAAUGAAAGUUUCCAGCACCCAGACCAGCCGCCCCCUCAAAUCUUGCUGCUCUGUGUCCAGUACCACCCAACACCAUUGAAUCAGUGCCCACAAACAAAACUACUGGUAGGAAACUAAUCCCUUUAAUUUUUUUCUCUCUAUCCCACCUCCCUAUUUAAAGGCACCUAGAAUGCAAGUGCUGGGCCAGUUUGUCUGAAAUUUGGAAGCAUGCAUGCUAUGGAUGCCACUUUAAUGUAUGUUGUUUUUAGACCAAUUGCACUCGAAAUACUAGUGAAGAUUAUUUUUUCCCUUUUGUUACCUACCCCACCCCCCAACUCUAAAAGUUGCCCAUGUGGGGAAAGCACUGCAGUUAUCCUUCUGAAAUUUGGCAGGAUUCAUCCCUUGGGGUGGGUCUAUGACAUGGGUGGGCAAACUAAGGCCCAGAGGCCAGAUGUGAUCCAAUCGCCUUCUAAAUCUGGCUCAUAGAUGGUCCGGGAAUCGGCGUGUUUUUUACAUGAGUAGAAUGUGUGCUUUUAUUUAAAAUGCAUAUCUAGGUUAUUUGUGGGACAUAGGAAUUCGUUCAUUAUUAUUGUUUUUCAAAAUACAGUCCGACCCCCCACAAGGUCUGACAGUGGACCGGCUCCCUGCUGAAAAAGUUUGCUGACCCCUGGUCUAUGAUACCUGCAGAUUUAAUGAAAUUCUUCCUAAAAAUAAAAAGACGCUUUUACUUUGUGCUGGAGAGCUUUUAAAGUUUAAUUUAAAAAACAAUCACGCCAACCCACACCCACAAAACCCCUUAGGGGAAACUCUGCCUGUUGUGAAAAGAAGUAUAACUAGUUUUGACUUCCCAGUGGCAAGAAGUGGGAGGGAACAAACCCUCAUUUUUCCUGAAGAGGAUGCUGCCAUGGACCAUGAGUCGAAUCAAUGGGCCUCGCUUCACACCAUGGCAUGUUGUUUUCUGAAACAGCAAAUGAGGCUCCAAAGUUAAUUUUGUUGCCCGGGAGCAACCCUAGUAUUAACACAUUUUUAUGUAGUUUUGUUAUAACUGCUGACAGCAGUAAGAGCUAUUGACAUUGUUUGAAACAAGAAUCGUGACUUCAUUUUCCUGGCACAACAAUCCAAGCCCUCCUUCCGGCAAGCGAGAGAAAGGCAGUUGCAUUGGGUAGAGGUAUCCCUGAUAAAAGGUCUUUUUUUCACAGAUGUAAUGCAAACAUUAAGAAGAAGAAUUCCAGAGGGCUGUCAGCCUGUGAUUUGGCACUGAAGAGUGGCAUUGACAAAAUAGUUUCAUUGUUUGCUAGAAAGCUAGGAAAGAGGAUGUUAGACAAAACUUCCACAACACAGGCAGAGUCCCCCUAAUGGCUCAGGGCCGCAAUACCUCAAGGACCACCUCUCCCCAUAUGAACCGAACAGGACCCUGUGAUCAUCAUCUCCAGCCCUUCUUUAUGUGCCCCCUCCACAAGAGGUCCAGAGGGCGGCAACAUUAGAAUGGGCCUUUUCUAUGGCAGCUUCGUUUGUGGAAUGCUCUCCCCAGGGAGAUUCACCUGGUUCCUUCAUUGCAUAUAUUUAGGCACCAGGCAAAACCUUCCCUUUAUAACCAGGCCUUUGGUCUUGUGUAACUAUCUGUGGCCUUUUAGAAUCGGGCAGGAUGCUUUUAAUGUAUCCCCCCCCCAUUGCUUUUAAUGUAUCAAUGUGCCGGGCGGGGGGGGGAUUGGUUGCAAGUCAUUUUGCCUUGCCUUUGGAAAAAUAAAGUUUCUAACAAAACACCACAAUAGACAAAAUCCCUAAGUAGCAUGGUUAAACCAACAAACCAUGACAUCAGACUGAGGUCACCUUGAACAUGUUUGAUGCCAGCAUGCCUUGCUCACCUGAACAUCAUCACACUUAUGGAUGACUGCAGGAGAUGUGAAUGGCCAAAGGCAGGCCUAACCUACUUACUUCCAGGAGGAAAUGCAAAUGAGAAUUAACACUGUACUAGACAAAUCCCUGAUAAUGGACUAUAUCAAUAUAAUAAUUGGAUACAUACCUGCAACAUAUCUGUUUAGCAUCAGUAGCAUGUAUGCUAAUUCUCUUUUUGAUACAAUAAAAUUGCAUUUGAUUUC